GCACCAGAAUCGGUCUCUGGUUGCUUGUAGCCUCAAAGAAGCUGACUCUUCCCCAAGGAUGUCAGGUGCACAGUAAGCUACAGAUAUCUGCUCAGCUGGACAAGCCUUAAUCAUGGAAAGAAAGCUCCUAAAGAAGGAAAUGAAAAAGCUCCUGGGAGAUUAUGUUGGCAUCAGACUUCGGGAAAAUGAAUUUGACCCAAAAGGAAGAAGGCAACUCACCUUUCUAGAUGAUAUGGCACACUAUGACUUGGCCAUCAAUGUUGCUUUGCAAUGGCUCGAUCACUCAGAAGACUUCACUUGGCUGGAGUGGGAGAAAGUGAAAAUGCCAUUUCAUGGCAGAUCCACAUAUCCAAACCGGAAGGAAAGAGAAGCAAUGAUUUUAUCAUCUUACGCUGGCAUUUUAAUGAACAGCAUCCCAGUUGAGGAAGUCUUUAAAAUGUAUGGAGCUGAUUCUUCUACCAACUCUGGGGCCACCAAGGUUCCCCGAGUCCCAGCUUUCCGCCUCUCCUUGCACCCCUUUGCCAUGUUAACAGCGCCCAAAGCAGCAGAAUACGCCCGCAAACAGGGUGUCAAGUUUAAAAGGGGAGCCACAAACAAAAAUGCCACCAGCAGCUCUGCAAAGGAAGUAACAGUCACAGCAUGGAAAUCACCAAAAAAGGCAUCUUUGGACAUCCUGUCAAAGAACAAAGUCACUUAGAAACAUGGAAUUGCACUAUGGGAGUUUAUAAAAAAGUCUCCAGGAGAGGAAAAGAAACAUCACCUUAACAUUGCAACUCUUGCCAGAACAUUUUUCUUUACGGUCAGCUUUUGGUGCAAAGUGUGUUGAAGUGUUCCUUUGGGUGUUGGGCUUUCUUCUCUUAGAACCCUAUUGUGUGGCUGUAGUAUGGUUUAAAAAAAAAAAAGUGUAUAUCUUACGCUACUUCAUUGUCACUGGAAGACUACUGGUCAGAGAAUUUUGAGAAUAUGUAACAUUUCUAUGCCAGAGCAGACUGCUUUGCGGCAAUUGCACUAGUGCUUAACACUGAGUAUUGCAGAGUGUGGGGUAGGAGGCAGUGCCCAAAGUUUCGAUCCAAAACCAAAUUAAUCUGUCAUUCACUGCCCUUACUAUGUUCUCCGAUGGAGACAUUUAAAAUCAUUUCAAUAAAGCAUU